UGAAUCAUUCGAAAUUCAAAGUUCUCUGCUUUUUGCUUAAACAGAUCCUCUUUUCUUCAUCUUCUUCUCUCCUAAAAUGGGUUCAUCUCAAAAACUGUUCAACAGAGAAAGAACUCUUCAUCAAAUCCUUGGUAGUGGUCAAGUUGCAGACUUGAUACUAUGGAGAAAGAAGAAUCAAACUUUGAUGAUAUUGUUGGUGACAGUAGCUUCUUGGAUUGUGUUUGAGAGAUCUGGUUAUACCCUUUUGUCUCUUGUUUCUAAUGUUCUUCUCCUUCUUGUUGUUAUUCUUUUUCUUUGGGCAAAAUCAGCAGCAAUUCUCAAUAGACCUGCUCCACCUCUACCAGAGUUGCAUUUGUCAGAUGAAAUGACAAAUGAAAUGGCAGCUUUUAUCCAAACAAGAAUCAAUAAUCUGUUUUCAGUUUCUCAAGAUAUUGCCCUUGGUAAGGACUCAAGGAUGUUUCUCAAAGUAGCUGCAUCCCUCUUGUUAAUUUCUAUAGUUGGUGGCAUCACUGAUUUUCUUACCCUGGCAUACACAAGUUUGUUUAUUGUUCUUACUUUACCUGCACUCUAUGAAAGAUAUGAAGAUUACAUUGAUACAUUUAUUUUGAAGUGCUACAACAAAUUAUGCCAAUUGUAUAGGAAAAUAAAUGAGGAAUAUGUCAGCAAAAUCCAAUAUUGGAUUUUGGAGAAGAAAAAGCUGAGCUGAGUUUGUAUAUUUUUUCACAUUCAUUUUGGUAAAUUUAUGUUAUUACUCUUGAAAUAUUUCUUAUAGGAGGAUCAUUGGUGAGUUUGUGGUUUUGUGAGUAUAGUUGUGAUCUUCUCCUAUAUAAAAUGUAGUUUAUUCCUUUUGCAUUUUCCAACUACAAUGAUUGACCUCUUUUUGGUAUA